AUGUCUGGAAUUGCGCAGGCAGUUGUCUCUCCAAUCCUGGAUGCCAAGAGUUUUACAUUACCUUGGGCCAAAAUGUGUCUCGAAUUAGCCUCAUUGGGCCACUAUGAGGACAGACUGAUCAGCAGGGUACUCUCCCAAGAAUUCUUGGAUGAGUACUUGUCUAGAGAGCAGAAUACACUCGAUUAUCUUCAGCUCCUGACACUGAAUGAGGCCAAGACGCUCCAUACCACAGAGUUUAAGAUGCCUCAAGAAAUUUUAGAUAAGGCCAAAAGUUUGUAUCCGACUUCGCUAUUGAGCGAAGAGUUAGAACGAAGUCUCGCUCAAGGGCUGGGCAGUCCAGAGUAUGUGGUCAAAAAUGUUAUGCUGCAAAGUGGUAUUGUUGCAGAUGCCUUAGUAUGUCUAAAAAAUGGUUAUCCACAAAAACUUCCAAGAUUAAGUGGAAAAGGAAAGGUGCCUAUAGAACAGCUCAAUUUACCUAAUGGAGGAAUUGUUGUUUGCAUCAUGAACUUUAAAGCAGGAUGCUUCUCAAUGAACAGCAAUCGUCUCGGGGUACAUUCCGCCUGA